AUGUCGUUCGACCAGCUCUCAUCCCUCGAAGCCGGCAGGCACGGCGAAAGCGGCGGAUAUAGCGAUGACCCCGGCUUCAAGACGCUCCUCCACGAGCUUCGGACGAAGCUAAGCGACCUCGAGCGAAACAUCCUCAAGCUCCGGACGGAUGUGAACCUCUUAGGGACAAGGCGUGAUACUGCUCGAGUUCGGGAACGAGUGCACGACUUCCUAGAAAAAUCGCGCGACACUUGCCUUGAACUCGGCGAGGGAAUCAAGAAGUUGCAAACCUGGGACGAGCUUUCUAAACAACAAAAGUACGAACGCAACAAAAUCUCAACCGAGUUCCAAGACGCUUUCAAAGAGUUCCAAGAUCUCCAACGCAUCGCGCUCGAGAAGCAACGGGCAUCCGUCAGUGCGGCACGAGCUGCCCACGAAUCCGAGACGGGCGCCGACCAGAGCUACGCUGGCCAUUUGGAGCAGCAGCAACAACAGCAGGAGCUCUCUAGUCUUGCCGCGCAGGACGAGGUCGACUUCCAGGAGGCGCUCAUUGUCGAACGAGAGGAGGAGAUCCGCAAUAUCGAGCAGGGCGUUGGCGAUCUCAACGUGCUCUUCCGCCAGGUAGCGCAAAUCGUGAGCGAGCAAGGGGAGCAGCUCAACACCAUCGCAGACAACGUCGAGGUCACCCGAGAUGAUACUCGCGGCGCCAUGGUUGAGCUGUCCCAGGCUUCCCGGUACCAGAAGGCCGCCAGGAACAAGAGCUGCUGUUUGCUCAUUAUCCUCGCCGUCAUUCUCACCAUUGUGCUUCUCGCAAUUUUCUUGGAUUAA